AUGAGCACGAAGUCCCCACACCUACUACGGAACCUGGCAGUUCAGAGCUUGCUGAGGGACAAAGCCUUGGCCGUGGUGGCCCUGGAAGAUUUGCCAGGGAAGCUCUUCCCAGCAGUGUUCAAGGAAGCCUUCACCAGGGGACAUGGAGAAGUCCUCAAGGCCAUGGUGCUGUCCUGGCCCUUUCCCUGCCUGCCUCUGCGAGCCCUGAUGACCAUGAGGAAAGCAGAGACUUUGGAUAGUCUGGAGGACAAUGGCCAGAUGCUGGAAAGGAUGUUCCAUGCUGUGCUGGAUGGGCUUGAUGUGCUCCUGAGCCAGAAGGUUCACUCCAGGAGGUUGAAGCUGAAAGUGCUAGAUAUGCCGGUCGAGCGCCAGAACUUCUGGAGAGUCUGGGCUGGAAACAUAUUCAAAGUCUGCUCCAACGAAGCCAUGAAGAGGAGAAAAACAGAGGGGCCUGGAUCAAGAGGAGGAAAAAAAAAGCGCUUCAAGGUCAUGAUACAUCUGCAUCUCAGUCAGGGACAUCUGUGUCCAGAGGAAAGCUACCUCCUCAGGUGGGUGCAUGCCAGGGAAGAUCUGGUGCAGCUGGAGUGUAAGAAUCUGUGUAUUACAACCAUGUGCUUUCCAACGAGAAAAGAGUUCCUGGCAGUGCUCACACUGGAUUCUGUGCAGGAGAUGCAAAACCUUCACAAACGAAUUCUCUCUGAAGUCUCUGUGCCGGCCAUGGUUUCCCGAGAGAAGAGAGAGGAGUUGUUCGCCCAAAUCAUCUCGCACCUUAUGAACCUUCAUUGCCUGCAAGAGAUUUAUGUGGACUCUGUGGAUUUACUGGAAGGUUACCUGGGCCGGUUACUCAGGUGCCUCCCAUCCCCGCUGGAGACUUUCUCAAUAACUCACUGCCAGCUCUUACAUUCUGACUGGAUCCAGCUGCCCCAGGCUGAGCAGACCAGACAGCUAAAAGUCUUGCAAAUGCGUUGUAUCCAGCUGACUGAUUUUAGCCCUGAGUCUUUCCAAAUUCUGCUCAAGAACGUUGCCUCCACCCUGACCACCCUGCACUUGGAAAACUGUGGGAUUACAGAGGCGCAGGUCUGUGCCUUUCUGCCUUCCCUGAGCUGCUGCUCCCAGCUCACUACCUUCUGCUUUGCGAGGAAUUUCAUGUCCAUAGACACCAUGAAGAAGCUGCUGGGCCACACCACCAGGCUGAGCAACUUAACCCUGGAGCUGUACUCAUCUCCUUCAGAGGUUUGGGUUUCCAGGCAUGGGAUCAACCAGCAGCUGUGA